AACAACUGGCUAGCUAGACAGACUGCAAAAACCUCUACAUAUAUAUACAUACAUACAUACAUACAUACAGUUUUCGUUUUGAAUUCUUGGAAGAAAAUUAAAGAGAGAGAUCAGAGAGAGAAGGAGAGAUGUCGACGGUGGUGGGAACGAUGGAGGUGACUCUGGUCAACGCUCGAGGUCUCAAGAACAAUGAGUUCUUAGGUGGGGGUAUUGAUUCCUAUGUUUUGAUUCACUAUAGAGGUCAAGAGCACAAGAGUUCUAUUGCCCGAGGAGAAGGCAGUAACCCAACAUGGAAUGAGAAGUUCAAUUUCAGGGUGGAGUUUCCAGUUGCAGAUGAUGACUACAAGCUUCUCCUCACCAUUAUGGAUCAUGACACCUUCUCCAACGAUGACUAUCUUGGACAAUCCACGGUUCACUUGAAGGAGGUGUUUGAGUUGGGGAUUGAGAAUGGGACAUAUGAACUUCAUCCUCAAAAGUAUUCUGUGGUUGACAGUGAUCAAUCUUUUUGUGGAGAAAUUCAAGUUGGUAUUUCAUUUUCUCUAAAGGGAACGGUUGAUGCAGAGGAAUAUGGUGGAUGGAGGGAAAGCGACUAUUAACUCCAUAGUUAACAAGUAACUGAAGUUGUUAUAAUUUGGGUGUGAUCAAACUUUUUUUUCAAUAGUUGUAUUAAAGAGUUUCUCUUUUCUUUUACCUGUAACUAUAAAUUGUAAAUUAUGUCGUUUUAAUUGCUUGUUGAGAUUGAA